AUGUGCUCUAAAGCUUAUUGUCGGGCUUUGUACAACUCAUGGACUAUUAACAGAACCAGCUCCAGGAAGCCCACCGAAGCUUGGGGGGUAGGGUGGAGAACCUUGAUCCCGCAAGCCCAGGAUGGGGAAGACAAGGAAAGCCAGAAACUCACAGGGCCUACAGAGGCCAAUCAGCUGUUACUACCUACAUGGAGAUGGGAUUGUGAGGAGGAGGAGAAACUCCCACAGCUGAAGGGAUUGGGGAAAGAAUAUGCCCCCAGCCCUCAGGACAGGAAGGGCAAGCAGUUUUUGGAACCAAAACACGGCUGUUUUCACUGUAAAGAUUGUAAGAUGAGAUGGGAGAGUGCUUAUGUGUGGUGCAUCACAGGUGCCAACAAGGUUUAUUCCAAACAGAUCUGUAAAAACUGCCAAAAGAGUUUUAACCCUUACCGAGUAGAAGCAAUCCAGUGUCAGACCUUAAGAUUAUGUUGUUCCUGUUCUCAGAAGAAAAGACACAUUGAUCUCCAGAGGCCACAUAGCCAGGAGCUCUGUGGCCACUGCAAAGACAAGAAAUUCUCCUGCUUCGGCUCGCUCUGCGCCAAGGUGGUGGUGUUCUUGGUGGUCACCCCAUGCUACUGCGUCUCCAGAAUACUUCAGCCUCAUUUGAAGGCCAGGCGCCCCCUGGUGGAAGAACACAGUCUUUUCCGAAAAGCCAAACAGCAGGAAAACUACACGCAGCAGGGAGGCUCUCCUGGGACCACAGGCUGA